AUGGAAAUCACCGAUGAUCACGUUCCUCUUCUUACUCCUUACAACAUGGGCAAAUUCAAUCUUUCUCAUAGAGUAGUGUUAGCACCGUUGACCAGAUCUAGAUCCUACAACAACGUUCCUCAACCUCAUACUAUACUCUAUUACUCUCAAAGAGCCUCUAAUGGAGGUCUUCUCAUAUCAGAAGCUACCGGUGUUUCUGAAACUGCUCAAGGCUAUCCAAACACGCCAGGUAUAUGGACAAAAGAGCAAGUGGAAGCAUGGAAACCCAUUGUAGAUGCUGUUCAUGCAAAAGGUGGUAUUUUCUUUUGUCAACUUUGGCAUGUUGGAAGAGUUUUUGAUUCUGUUUAUCAAUCUAAUGGACAAACACCAGUAUCUUCUACUGAUAAAAUACUCAAUCCGAAAAUUGGAAAUGAUGGUAAUGUAAUGUCACAAUUCAUACAACCGAGGAGGCUAAGAACAGAAGAAAUUCCUCAUAUUGUCAAUGAUUUUAGACUUGCUGCAAGAAAUGCUAUUGAAGCUGGUUUUGAUGGGGUUGAGAUCCAAGGAGCUAAUGGGUACCUACUUGAGCAAUUUAUGAAAGAUAAAGUGAAUGAUAGAACAGAUGAAUAUGGCGGGUCUCUUGAGAAUCGUUGUCGAUUUGUUUUGGAAGUUGUUGAAGCUGUUGUGAAUGAGAUAGGUGGAGAAAGAGUUGGAAUAAAAUUAUCACCAUUUUCAGAAACUGGAGAGUGUGGAGACUCAAAUCCUAAAGCAUUGGGGUUUUAUAUGGUUGAUGCUAUUAAUAAAUAUGGUGUUUUGUAUUGUCAUAUGUUGGAACCGAGAAUGGACAUUGUUGAUGAAAAUACUGAAUGUGUUUACAGCUUGGAGCCAAUGAGAAAAGCUUUCAAUGGAACUUUCAUGGUUGUGGGAGGCUAUGACAGACAAGAUGGGAUCAAUGCUAUAGUUGAAAAUAGGGCAGAUCUUGUUGCGUAUGGUCGUUGGUUCAUAUCUAAUCCAGAUUUGCAAAAGAGAUUUGCACUUGAUGCUCCUCUAAACAAGUAUAACGAGGAAACAUUCUACACUUUUGAUCCAGUUCUCUACUAUACCGACUACCCUUUUCUGGAAGGGUGA